AUGGAAGAAGAAGAAACAAGCAAAAACAGCGAGCACAGGAAGCCAAGCAAGAAGCCAAAGAAGCCAGAAAGGAAGCAAGAAGCCAAAGAAGCCAGAAAGGAAGCAAGAAGCCAAAGAAUCCAGAAAGGAAGCAAGAAGCCAAAGAAGCCAGAAAGGAAGCAAGAAGCCAGAAAGGAAGCAAGAAGCCAGAAAGGAAGCAAGAAGCCAAAGAAGCCAGAAAGGAAGCAAGAAGUCAAAGAAGCCAGAAAGGAAGCAAGAAGCCAAAGAAGCCAGAAAGGAAGCAAGAAGCCAGAAAGGAAGCAAGAAGCCAAAGAAGCCAGAAAGGAAGCAAGAAGCCAGAAAGGAAGCAAGAGGCCAAAGAAGCCAGAAAGGGACGAGGCAGAAGCAACAAAGAAGAUGGGAGCCAAAACAAACCAAUGUGGAAAUGACACAUUUAUAGACUAA